UGUCUUAACCAUUAAAAGUUGAGACCUCCCAAGGUUGAUUGGAAAACAUCUCUAGCGCCGCUGUGAGCCAUGGUUUCUCUGUAGCUUCUCAAGCCUUCCGAGAGGUCAAUAUGACGACGGUCCGUGUUUGCGUCUGCGGAGACGAAGGGACUGGCAAGUCCAGCCUCAUCGCUUCCCUCGUUAAGGAUGUCUUCGUUGCGAACAAGAUCCAGUCGGUGCUGCCCCAGAUCACCAUUCCUCCCGGCCUGGGGACCCCAGAGAACGUCACGACAACCAUUGUAGACACAUCUGCCCGUCCCCAGGACCGCACAACGCUGCGCAAGGAGAUCCGCAAGUCCAAUGUCAUCCUGCUUGUCUACUCGGACCACUACAGCUACGAACGCGUCGCCCUGUUCUGGAUGCCCUACUUUCGCUCUCUCGGCGUCAAUGUCCCCGUCGUGCUCUGCGCAAACAAGUCUGAUCUGACGGGCGAUGGAAAUACUGCCCAGGUUGUCGAGGAAGAGAUGCUCCCCGUCAUGGCCGAGUUUAGGGAGAUCGAUUCAUGCAUCCGGUCCAGCGCAAGGGACCACCGCAAUGUCAACGAAGUCUUCUUCCUCUGCCAGAAAGCCGUCACCCAUCCGAUCGCUCCGCUAUUCGACUACAAGGAGGGCAACCUAAAACCUGCCUGCGUGGAUGCCUUGAGGAGGAUCUUCUAUCUCUGCGACAAAGACCAAGAUGGCUAUCUCAACGACGAAGAGAUGCACGACUUUCAAGCCAAGUCCUUCGAAAAGCCAUUGUCGCAAGAUGACCUCGACAACAUUAAGCUGUCCUUGAGCAAGGCGGUCCCGGAUUGCGACGUGGAAAAGGGGCUGAAUCUCCAAGGCUUCCUCCACCUGAACAAGAUCUACGCAGAAAAAGGGCGCCAUGAGACCAUAUGGACCAUCCUCCGAAAGCAUCAUUAUACCGACAGCCUAAGUCUUGAGGACAGUUUCCUACACCCCAAGUUCGAGGUUCCCGAGUACACUUCGGCCGAACUCAGCCCUGCAGGCUAUCGCUUUUUUGUCGAUCUAUUUCUGCUUUUCGACAAGGAUAGCGACGGCGGACUUAACGACCAAGAAUUGUCAGCCCUAUUUGCCCCAACUCCCGGUCUCCCUGCCCAAUGGAUUGAGUCGUCCUUCCCAUCCUCCACCGUACGAAACGAAGGGGGCCACAUCACCCUUCAGGGCUGGCUGGCUCAGUGGAGCAUGACUACUUUCCUCGAACCCAAGACGACUCUGGAGUAUCUGGCAUAUCUUGGCUUUGAGGCGCCAAACCCCCGCGAGCCGAUCACGGCGGCUCUCAAAAUUACCAAGGCGCGGAAGAGACGGAGGCGACCGGGGAGAGUGGAACGGAAUGUUAUUCUGUGCUACAUCCUCGGCGCCCCCGUCGCUGGCAAAUCCUCUCUUCUGGAUGCCUUCCUCAACAGGCCGUUUGACCCGCUCUACCAUCCUACCAUCAAGCCCCGGCGUGCCGUCAAUAGCGUGGAGCUUCAUGGGGGGAAGCAGUGCUAUCUGAUCCUGGAAGAGCUAGGUGAACUGGAGCCUGCCAUUCUGGAGAAUCAGGCGAAGCUGGAUGCCUGUGACUUGAUAUGCUAUGCCUACGACUCGUCAGACCCGGAUUCCUUCUCUCAUAUUGUGGACCUGCGCAAACGCUUUCCGCAGCUCGAUGAGCUUCCUGCUAUCUAUACCGCGCUGAAGGCAGACAAAGAUAAGACGACUCAACGCAGCGAGUUACAGCCAGACGCAUACACGUCCAGCAUCAACAUGGCCACCCCGCUGCAUGUCAGCGUCACCUGGAGCAGCCUCAGUGAGCUUUUCGUCGGCCUGGCAGAGGCUGCAACAAACCCCAGCACCGCGUUUCCGAAGAGUGAGGAGCCACCACCCGACCGGACGAGUUUGUACGUCGCGCUGGGGGCUACGGCAUGUGCCGCACUCGCGGCCUUUAUGAUCUGGCGGAGGUCGACUAAUUCCAUGUGAGCUCGGCAGCUCAAUUUAGGGCCAAGGGCCCAAUCCAUUCCCAUCACGACUCCCGUCUCCAUGCACAUUACUCCCACACGAGUUUGCAAUACCCCCAUUACCUCAAGACAUGAUACCCCCCUCUACUGUAUCUACAUAUACUUAGUACUUAAUCCAAUUUUUAAUACGCACAGGACAAAAGCCGCUUCGACCAGCGGUAAAGGGAGAGCGCA